AUGCCACCCAACACCCACUCGCGCACCUACGCCCACCCUGUCAACGACAACCCCAAAACAAACACGGACAUCCUCCACGCCAACCGCGCCUUGUCCAAGGAGAUUUCAAACACUAUGCCCACCAAGACUCGUGUGGAAAUCGAGCUGUCUCCUCUCGCGUGGGAGUGGAUGAGAAUCAGCUCCGGCACGCAGCACUACCAGCCCGCGAAGAGGGUUAUCGCUGAUGUAAACAAUGCCCGUGAGCAAGGGCUGUAUGAUCUACCAUCCCAGCGGAUCGAUGAGGUCGUGGUGAAGCUUUAUGCGCCGAUGAGUGAUAAUCCCGGACAGUUGUUUAUUCUGUUCGAUAAGGUGAUUAAUCUCGUUGAUAUGCUGCGUCGUGCACCUGCUAUUCAGAAGAUGAGUAUCGUGCUUGAGACGCUGGAUGGACAGGAGUGGCACCAUGAGCAAGUGACUAUUGGUGGUGUGAAGGAGAGCUUUUUUGUGCCGUGGGCGGAUGAUUGUGAUAUAGUUGUUGUACUAUUCUGCAGUCUGAAGAAUGUUGGGGACGUUUCUGUGCGUGGGCACUCGAGGGAGUUGGAGCGGUUGAUUGACUGGAAGGUUAUCGAUUGGGCUGUUGGUGUGGUUCGGGAGAAGUCGUGGGAGAAGUACGUCCCCGAUCCCACUAGGGCUCGGGCUACGCGUCGGUUUGAUACGACUACUUACUACGCUUCCUACACCCACCGACCUGAUCGAUCUACGCCGGGUACGGACGUCGACCGGAAGGUGGCUGAGUACUGCCUACGCGUCCAUGUAAAUCUCAUGCGACAUGACUUCCGCGACACGGGCUGCCACCAACGCCGUGAACUCCUCAAACAAUCCUUCAUCUACGGUGGAAAAUCCAUGAACACCCCGCCCUCCCCCUUCGAACACGACAUGAUUCUCAUCGCCGAAGAAUACCCAGACCUACUGAGAAAGUACGACCACGCAAUCGAAGUCUUCCUGCACCUGCAACGCAUCGUGGUCUGCGCGUAUGAGCGCACCAAACCCGGCACCCAUAAUGACACGAAUAUCGUUACUCAGUUUUACAACUGGGAUGAGGCGGCCUGGGAGCUUGUUGUGAGUGCUUUUGGGGAUCCGCUGCCGAAUAUGGGGUCGUGGGUUUAUAAGGAGUGUGCUGCGGAACUGGGGAGUUUCGUGGAUUAUAAUGAGUGUUUGGGGAGGGUAGAGGAGGAGGGGAAGAGUGAUUGGUUGGUGGAGGUUGUGGGGGUGGGACAGUUUUUGCAGGAUUGGGUGCGCGAGUUUGUGUAUGGGGAGGAUGGUGAGGAUGAGUACGGUGAGGCGUAUGAUGAGGAGAAUGUUGACGAGGAGGAUGAGGGUGUUGAGAGCGAGGAUGGCGGUGAGGAUGAAGUUGAAGAAGAUGAAGAGGAGAAGCAGGGUGAAGAUGUCGAGGAGGAAGAUAAAGAGGAUGAGAGCGUUGAGAACGAGGGUAAAGAUGGGGAAGUUGAUGAGGAAGUAGGUCUUCGUGACGAGGAUGACGGGGAUGACGGGGAUGACGAGAGACAGGACGAGGCCAAAGAUGAGGAGGCGCAAGAUGAAGAGAACGUUGUCGAGGACGACAAGAAAGAGGACAAUGAUCAGGGCGAAGAUGAAGAUGAGGAGGGUGAAGCCUACUACGAAGACGAUGACGACUGGGACUUCUGUGAGUGUUGUGCUUAG